UUAGCGGGAGGGGCUGGGUUUCAGGUUCACCUUGACUCCUGGAGCCGCAGAGGAGCAGGUACUCACUCACUCCUGCACCUGUUUCUCUUGCACCUGCCGAGCAGCUGCUCCUACCCGGCUCUCCUGGCCUGAGCCUUGCCUGGCGUGGCCCCCUGGAGGCACCCCCACCUCCCCCAGUCACCCUCCCUGGCAGUUCCUACACUCAGCUCCUUCUCUAAGGUCUCGCCUCCAGCCCGGAGCAGUCGGAUUACAGAAAGCCCACCCUCAGCUCAGGAGCGCCAUGACGGAAGUUGGUUGGUGGAAGCUGACGUUCCUCAGGAAAAAGAAAUCCACCCCCAGGGUGCUGUAUGAGAUCCCUGACACCUACGCCCAAACCGAGGGCGGCGCGGAGCCCCCGAGGCCUGAUGGGGAGGGCCCCAACAGCAGCUUUAACACGCGCCUGGAGAAGAUUGUGGACAAGAACACCAAGGGCAAGCAUGUCAAAGUCUCCCACUCGGGCCGCUUCAAGGAGAAGAGCAAAGUCCGAGCCACGCUGGCAGAGAACCCCAACCUCUUUGAAGACAGGGAGGGCAAAGGACAGUGAAGGGGGCCAAGGAGGGUGCUAGCGCCUCCCCACUCCCUGCCGUCAGCCGGAUCUGAGACAGGAGCGCCACGCUGGCCUCUUUGGCCACAGCUGAAGCCGUGGAGGCAGUCGCCUGCUGGCAGGAAAUGUCUGGUUUUAGGCUUGUAUUUAUGUGCCCCUGCUUUCGGGAAGGCGGGAAGGCCAGGGAGAUCCCGGGCCUCCCACCCUCCCCCACCACAGACAAAGGCGCUCCAGUCCGAGGAGGAAAAGUGCCCCCAGGAAGGACAGCUCUCCUUGAGGUGGUAGCAGCGCCAGCAGGGAAGUGGGCAUGGCCAGGAAUGGAGAGAGGGAGCCCGACUGACGUCACCUCCUCCCAGGGCACAGGGUCAAGGGUGAGUUUGAACUGCUGCUCCUUCUACUUUCUCUACCCAUGACUGUUCCCUGGACAGAUUCUGAGAGCACAUUUUCCAGAAACCACGUGAUGGGGGGUGGUUUUCUGGAGCCGGAGGCAGAGACGCUGAACUUGAGCUCACCUCCUAACAGGAGUGGGAAACUUCCUGGAACUUUGCCCCCAGGUGUGCGGGGGAGGACUCUGGCACUCCUAGGGAGGGAUGCUGCAGAAGGCCAGAAUGAGGGACCCCACGGGUUCCUGCACACAUCCUCAAAGGGAAGACACAUUGGCCUGAUUCCAAACUAGGG